AAAUGAACGAUUUAUGGUUCCUCUGUUAACAAAAUAAUACUCUCAACACGCACAAAAUACAUUGAUUUGUUGAAUAGAGAGUGAAAGUGGCUGUGAUAUAUCGAAUUGAUUGACGAAUGAAGAAUGUCGUCCAAUGAUGAUCGUAAUUUUCGUUAUGGCUAUUAUGAAAAAGUUGGUUUCGGUGGUAUCGAAGAGAAAAAAUCAUUAGAAAUUCUUUUACGUGAAAAUCCACCUGAUCUAUUGUCGCGAUUAGCACAAUUGGCUUCCCGAUAUUCACUGUCAUCUGGACAACGUAAACAAGUAUGGCAAUUAUUAUUGGAUGUUAUACGGCCAGACAAUCGGAUCACCGAAUUUCGAUGCCAAGUACGACGUAAAAUUGUCAUGGAUAUAAUUCAUGCACUUACAGUAAUGGGUUUGAUUAAUGACCCCGUUAUUGAUAAUCGAAUGCUAGCCGAAAGAAUUAAUAUUGAAGAUCAUCCGCGUAUGAUUGUCUUGAUAUUUCUAUUGGAAACCAGACAAUUAGCAUCAACAAUAAACAUUGCUCACCAGUUACAAAAAAUGGAUACAUGUGAUUUACUCGUUUUAAGUGAAGUUUUUGCCAAAGAAUUUGUUCAUACAAAUUCGCCAAUGUCAUCACCAUAUACAUUUGAAGAUGCUUAUUGGAUUUAUAAACAUUUCAUGUUGAUUAUCAAUUCCAAUCUGGGAACAUUGAUCGAAACGUAUGAAAAAUUCAUUCAAUAUCUAUCACAUGAAGACAAUGCCUUACAUAAUCAUUUGGUUGAGAAUGGAAUCAUCAAACAACAAACUGACAAUAAUGGCGGUACAAACAACAAUAGUAAUUCUAAUCAAUUUUUUCAUAAUAAUCAUCAACAACAACAAUUACCGACAACCGGUAAUCAGCAAACACCAUUAAUGAUGUCACCACAGCCAUCAUCAACAACAUUACAGAAUCAAUCAAAUUCAUCAUCAUCAUCAUCGUGGAUAUGUCGGCAGAAUUUAAUAAAUAGGAAAAAAGUAAAUGAAUUUCGACCAAUGAUAACUUGGUUUGUUCGUUUUUUUGCCGGUAUAAUACAUCAAAAUUUUGUUAUUAGAGUUCUGGACAAAGUAAUUGGCUGCCUGAUCAAUGGAUCACGACCAUUUUAUGUACUGAUUUCAAUAAGUAAAGCAUUGAUAUUUUAUCAACGUAAACAAUUAUUAUUGUUGAAUAAUACUGAACAGCUUAGGCAUCAAUUACUGACUCCAUUAUCGUUUGAAGAAUCGGAAAAAAUUUUCUCUCGUGCUCUCAACAAUUAAUGAUUUGACUGGGUGAAUUGUAAUGAAACAAAUUGUGGCAAUGACUAUGGUGGAUAUUUUCUUCCCUUUUUUUCAAUAAAAAUGAUUCAACUAGU